UCACACGAAGUUCAUCAAAAAUAUGUCUUUGUUUUGUUUUGUCUUACGCGUUUCAAAGUAACCGAGAGCGAAUGAAAAAGGGGGCAAAGUGCACUCUUCCGGAAUUUUGCGAGCUGCUGUCGGUGCGGAAUGUGACAAUCGCGCUGCUAUCAGCCAACCUCCCCCCCUUACCUGAUUGAUUGACGGACCAAAAUCCGGACCCUGUUUGGUCACCCCCGUGCCCCCCCGUUGUUAAUCACAAAGUUCGUCCGGCAAAGUCACCAUCGCAAGGGAGUAACACACAAUUAUCCCUGUACAACGUUGACAGCUCCCUUGAUCGGCCGAUGCAACGGGAGUCCGUAACCCCGGGGAGUUGGACCGGUGUUGCACCCGAUUCAAGAGCCGAAUGGCUCACAGGGCCAUACCAAAAUAAAUUAAAACUGAAACUUUGUGAAAUCUGUUUAGUAAAUGAUUAAAAGGUUAGCCUUGUUGACGAUGCAUCACCGUCGUGGGAUUCGAUUCUCACCAAUUUACUUGAUUAUAAAUGCGAUUCAAGAAUCUCAACAUAUGGUUAUUUAAUUGCUAGUUCCGAUCGUUAUGUUCGAACGUAAUAUUUGCUUAACGUUUGGGGAAAAAAAAACCCCACUCGGAAAGUAAAAGUAUAGUCCCACAUUAUUAUCAUCCAAGAACUGCAUUGUCGUUGACACCGACUCUUGAAACGAUUUCUUUGUAUCGAUCCAACGACUCUUUAAAGGUUGCUGGCUUCGUGGUUUGUGGCCUGGCCUCAGUCAAAAUCCAAAGUGAACAGGAUCACAAAUAUAAACAACAACUACAACCACCACUACCACCACCACCAUCGUCUACCGUCGCCAACUUCGUUCAUGUCCACGAGCGGACGCAGAGAAAACAGCACGGAGACAGGAGGAGUGAGGAAGCCGUCACUCAGGGUUGUGGGACAUUGACCAGUGACAAUGCAUCGGAGAGGAGUUGGUGCUGGAGCCAUUGCCAAGAAAAAGCUGGCCGAGGCAAGAUAUAAGGAAAGGGGGAAUGUCAUGGCCGAAGAUCAGCUCUCACAGAUGUCCAAGCAGCUGGAGACUUUUAGGACCAACCUGGAGGAGUUUGCCAGCAAACAUAAGCAGGAGAUCCGCCGCAAUCCACAGUUCAGAGUGCAGUUCCAGGACAUGUGUGCCACCAUUGGCGUUGAUCCUCUUGCAUCUGGGAAGGGGUUCUGGUCAGAGAUGCUCGGAGUGGGAGAUUUUUACUAUGAGCUGGGUGUGCAGAUCGUGGAAGUCUGCCUUGCCCUUCGUCACCGAAAUGGAGGGCUGAUGAUGCUGGAGGAGCUACACAAUCGUGUGCUGAAGAGCAGGGGCAAGUACGGCCAGGAGCUUAGUCAAGAUGAUCUAAUCCGAGCCAUAAAAAAGCUCAAGGUGCUGGGCAAUGGCUUCUGCAUGAUCCCCAUGGGUGGAACCUACCUGGUGCAGUCUGUUCCUGCUGAGCUCAACAUGGAUCAUACCACAGUGCUCCAAAUCGCUGAGAAAAAGGGCUACGUGAGCGUUGAGGAAAUUACAUCUUCUUUGAAGUGGGAAACGGAGCGUACAAACCACGUGUUGGCUCACUUGCUGAGGGAAGGACUGGCCUGGAUCGACCAGCAGGCACUUGGGGGAGCGCAGUACUGGUUCCCUGCUCUCUUCACCGACCUGUACAGCCAGGACAUCAGUCCCGAUGAAGCCAGCUCGUAGCGCAGUGCAUUCUUGCAAAUUUGUCCUUUAUGGAAAUGUGAAUAAAGGCAGCUGUUAUCAUCUCCAAAUGUAUAUGAUUUUGACACGAGCUUUGUAUUUCAUGGAGAACACUUUUUUGACACUCCCAAGUUCAUGGAGGAUUGUUUUUUAGUCGGCUGUCUCAUUAACUGCUGGAUAAAGGCUGGGUCAUAAUUAUGACCAAUGUAUGAUUACACAUCUUGCUGUUUAAGUUCCCUGCUAUGGUCUGUUUUAAAGUACUGAUUACGUAAUCCUGAAGAUACCGCACUCAUUUGUUAACAUGAAGAUACCGCACUCAUUUGUUAACAUUAAACUUGAUAAAUUCCCGUAGAAUUAUUUCACAGCAGUCAGGCUUUGUGUUGACAAGUGUCCAAAUGUGGUUACCAAAUAAGAGCGGUGCCAUUAGUAGGGCUAAAGGAUGACCCCAACAUGUUCAUUGCUUAGUGUAGGGGGAUUGUCUGUUCCAGUUCCUAAAGGGUUUUGUACAUUUUUGCAUUGGACUGCUUUAUUGACAUUUCCACUAAAACCUUAAAUGUGAAUUCCAAAAUUCAACUGCACAGUAAACUUUUUAAAGCCAA